ACCACUGUGAAAAAAAGCUGAGCUUGCUGGGGGCAAUCGUCGGGGGACGACACGCGGCCUUUUAAAGCGGUCAAAAGUUUCGCACGGGUACCUCUUUUCCACCUUUUUUUACCCGUUUCCCCCGGUUGAACCAUGGCUGACCAAUUCCUCCAAUACGUCGAAGAACACCAAAACGAUUUCGUUGAACGUCUGCGCAAGGCAGUCGCUAUUCCUAGCGUGAGUAGCGAUCCUUCGCGUCGUCAGGACGUGUUCAAAAUGUCCGAGUUUCUUAUUGAAGAACUGAAGUCGCUUGGUGCUAUUAAUGUUGAGACGCGUGAUCCUGGCCAGCAAGAUUUCCACGGUACUCCGUUGCCAUUGCCACCCAUUGUCUUGGCAACUGUUGGCAACGACCCUGCCAAGAAGACUAUCUUGGUGUAUGGUCACUAUGAUGUCCAACCCGCAUUGUUGGAGGAUGGGUGGAACACCGAUCCAUUCACACUGGUAGAGGACGACAAGCAGCGACUUAUCGGCCGUGGAAGUUCUGAUGACAAGGGACCCGUAUUGGGCUGGAUCAACGUCGUUGAAGCACACAAGAAGUUGGGUCUCGAACUGCCUGUUAACUUGAAAUUCUGUUUGGAAGGAAUGGAGGAAUCUGGUUCUGAGGGACUGGAGCCCAUCAUUUUCCAGGAAGCCGACAAGUAUUUCAAGGACGUCGAUACCGUGUGCAUCUCAGACAACUACUGGUUGGGUACCACUAAGCCUUGCUUGACAUACGGUCUUCGUGGCGUCUCAUACUUCCAUCUGACCGUCCAAGGUCCUGCUCGUGAUUUGCACUCGGGUGUCUUUGGUGGCACUGUGCACGAGCCCAUGACGGAUCUGUUUGCUUUGAUGAGCAAGUUGGUCACUCCUGGUGGCAAGAUCCUUGUUCCUGGUAUUUACGAUCAAGUCCGUCCCUUGACUGAUGUCGAGGAAAAGACCUAUGACAACCUGGCAUUCGAGAUGCAUGAACUGCAUGAUGCUGUGGGUAACAAAAUCAAUAUCCACGAUGACGUACGUGGUGUCCUCCAACAUCGCUGGCGCUUCCCCUCGCUCUCCUUGCACGGUGUUGAGGGCGCCUUUUACAACGCUGGUGACAAGACUGUUGUUCCAGCCCGCGUCGUUGGAAAGUUCUCUAUCCGUACCGUUCCCGAUAUGACGCUUGACAAGGUGACCGAGUUGGUGGUCAAGUACGUCAAUGACGAAUUCAACAAGUUGGGUAGCAAGAACACAAUGAAGAUUCAAUGUUCCCACGCUGGCAACCACUGGUUGGCCAGCCCUGAACAUUGGAGCUAUGUUGCCGCUGCUAAGGCUGUGGAACGUGUGUACAAUGUCCAGCCUGAUCUGACUCGUGAAGGUGGCUCAAUCCCUAUUACCUUGACUUUCCAAGAUGCUUUGAAGACCAACGUCUUGCUGUUGCCCAUGGGCCGUGGUGACGAUGGCGCACACUCAACUAACGAGAAGCUGGAUCGUUCCAACUAUGUGUGUGGUACCAAGUUGCUUGGUACUUACUUGUACGAAGUUGCUGCAGCUCAUGCUGAAUAAAUAUCUUCAUGUACUUACAGUUUAAUAUGGCAAAAUCUAUUCUAGCUUUAUUACGCUGAGGAAUUACCACUUGAAAAUAGCCAGCCAAAAUGUGAAAGUAAUUUGAGCAGCUACAUUUCGUUAUAGGAAAACAUAUCAGAAAGAGUUCAAAUAGCGUAUGCCCUUAUCAUUCUACGUAACGUAAUCAAAUUUUCACGAAUGUAUGUACCUGGAUCGAUACCCAGGAGUUGCACUCCAAGCGUAUCCGCACAUUGCAAAACGUGCCUCGCAUAAAUUUUCACAUUACGACCUACUUUUAUUGCUGUAUACGAUGUGUCAUCAUACCAAACUACCUUCAUUCUUUCUG